CUCUAGAAUUUACACGUAUUGUGUGUGUGGAACCCCCAAAAUGCGAGCAGGUUGUGAAAUGAUUAACAGCAAAUUGAUUGUGGACAAUCGAUUACAUUUUCUACAUUAUUUAGCUGAAGAUUGAGCACUUGCAUCAGCGCUUGAGUGCACAUUCGCCAUCUUACUUGGGUUCAAUUUUUAACUUUUUGGUGGUUUUUUGGUUCUUGUCGAGGUAGAUUGUUAGGUUUUUCGCAGCUGGGGAAUUUAGUGAAGGAUGUGAGAGAAUUAGGGGAUUGUGUGUAAAUUGGUAAGUUAUUGUUCAGAAAGAGAGCGCGUGCACUGGGUCAUGUUUGCCAGGAGGGUAAAGAGAUGGCCAUCCGCAGUUGGGUGGGCAGUUUCAAGUCCGUUUCCUGUGGGCGGCUCUCGGUCCUGCGUUCCUUGAGUAUGCUUGCGCAACAGCACUCAGCUGCGGCAUUGGCCUCAGAUGACCUCGUGAACACUGCUUCAGAGAAAACGAUUGGCCCCUUGAAUGCAUCGCAAGGGACUUUGACUCAUGCGAAUUCUGCCAAGGUGAAGUUUCUAGGUGUCUUCAUUGGUGUUGUCGAUGAUUCAAAGAGGAAACGUCAGUAUGAAAAGGCUUUGGAGAAGCGACGCCGUGUUAUCCAUCGGUUGCGCCAGUUGCAGAAGCAGCGGAAGGAAUCGUGGGAAAAGGAAGUUGAGCGGUUGGCAUUCAAUGCUUUCAUUCGGGGCUAUCGCAAGACCCUGAAUACUCUCAGAUCAGGCUCGAAGGCGAAGCAGACUAUUUUCGACAAGGCCACCGAACUUGGGAUGAAGGCUGCUUUGACCCUGACGGACCAUCACCCUCUGAUGAGUAGCGAUGACCUGAAGAAGCUGCUUGCACAGGAGGAGGAUCAUUUUGCUAGGCUUGGUUGGGAUUAUCUCCCUGUGUCGGUGAAGACUGCCUACGAAAAUCUCAUGCUAUCUAUUGAUGAGGCUUGCGAGGAGCUCAAUGCACAGGCUGAAGCUUCCAAGUUGCGACCAGCACUUCCCGCUGGAAAGCAAGAAAUGGAUAUUACUGAAUCAUGCGAUUCGAAUCUUACCAAUGAAGCUGGUUUGGGGCUGCCUGAAUCUUGCUCCGCUAGCUUGUCCAUUGAGGAUCUCCAAACUAUGGAUCACUGUUACGAGAAUAUCAUGGUCAGAAUGUCCGAUCCGGAUACUCUGUACGAUGCUUAUGAACGAAUUAAACCAAAGCUUCAGUUGUUGAGUGGCAAGAGUGAUGAAGACUGGAAGGAUUUUAGUUUGAGUUCAUUUGAUCACAUAGCAUAUAGUUUGCGAUCAGGGACAUAUCAAUUUUCUCCGGUUUCUCAUAUCCAUGUCAGAAAACCUGGAAAGGAAGGCGAUGUGAGAACAAUUACAGUUGUCAAUCCAAGAGACCAGAUUGUUGCGGAGGCUAUUAGAGCAGAGUUGGAGAGAAUCUAUGAGCCAGUGUUUUUGGUAAGUGCUGUUAGGCACAAAUUGGCCAGGUCUAGCCACAUGGCUCUGAAGUUGAUCAAGAAUAGUUGGAAAGGAACUACCUGGUUUAUACAUUACAAAUCUCCAAUAGAGUUUGGAAAUGCACAAUUUGAGAACCUAUUGCGUAUUCUAUCAGCGAGGAUAAAGGACGAGGAUUUUUUGCAUCUACUUCAGCAACUGUUCAGGACUGGCAUGAUUAGGUUGGGUGACCAUGGAAAUCGAUUGUCUGCUCUUUUUUGCAACAUCUACUACCACCAGCUAGAUAUGGAGGUUACGCGCAUGCAGGCAGAGCAGAAUUCAGGCUCCAACAAGCGGGGAACGAACCAGUUGAGCAGCGCUGCAAUUGUUCCGCUUGUCAGGGUGAGAUACGUAAGAUAUGCUGAAGAAUUCCUGUUCGGCAUUACGGGUAACAAGGUCAUGGCUCUGGAUGUAUUAGGGAGGGUGCACGAGUUUCUACGACGCGAGUUGAAGCUGCGAAGGCUUUGAUAGGGACUCCAUGAACCUGCGGAAUACUCGGUCACGGCGAGAGGAAUGGCUUAGCAUCACUUUCGUGUGGGUGGGUUGGAGCCAAAAACGAAAUUAUAUUGCUCUUUCUACUCUGCCUAAGUGAGCGAAUCCGUAUAUUGUUCAACUUUCUGAAUUGAAAUUUUCAGGUUCUUGCGUACAGCUUGAAGUUGAAGUUGAACGAGACGUUGGGCGCAGCAUCAUAUCUAAUGACGGGGGCGUCAAGGCACCGCGGCCUAGUCAAACUGAGACACUGGGAAUAAUUUUGUAAGUUGCCAGGCACCAUUGUCUCGAAGGAAAACGGGACUCUACAUGCUUUUGCAUGGAUUGAUGAAUGCCUUUAUACUUGCUUGGACAAGUAUAGUAGGGAAUUUUAGCAAUGCAUUAGUGGUUAUAUUAAUAUUGAUAUUCCCCUUUCCGAGAGUACAGUAUCUAUGUCUGGCAAUUGUCGCUCUCUUAGUAUUUUCACUUAAGCCGGAUUGGUUCCCGGGUUGGAGUUACCAACGUACUCAACUAGGAUGGAUUUCGAGACAGCGUUGACGGACUUAACGUGGUCUGAUUACACUUCAUUCUGUAUUACGCGAAACGACGUGUGAAUUUUUCCUACUCAUGUGUUUGUGCAUCAACAUAUCAAUGACCUGGGUGAGUACGCA